CUUUACCCGGAAUUGACAACAUAUAUCCACUCUAGAGACGCUUCUUGCUGUCGUCUGCGCCGACUGAAGCUCUGCCCUGGUGUCGUGAAGCUUCCAAACCACCCGCCUCGCCCAGUUGGACGCCCCUCCCUCCCUCGACCCCACCAGGCUACCUAUCUCCGCGCCACCGCAAUGUCCGAAGGAGACACCAAGCCGCCCAGUGCGCCUGUAGUAGCCGAGGCGCACGAGGUCGACACGUUCCACGUCCCCAAGGCCUUCUUCGACAAGCACCCCCACUCGAAGCCACAUCUUGAGAACCUCGAAGAAUACCAGAAGCUGUACAAGGAGUCCAUUACCGACCCAAAGGGCUUCUGGGGCAAACUCGCACGCGACCUGCUCACCUGGGAGCGCGACUUUCAGACGGUACACGCCGGCAGCUUCGAGCACGGCGACAAUGCCUGGUUCCUCGAGGGCAGGCUGAAUGCCAGCUACAACUGCGUCGACAGACAUGCCUUCAAGAACCCAGACAAGCCCGCCAUCAUCUACGAGGCCGACGAUGCUGGCGAUGGCCGCAUCAUUUCAUACGGAGAGCUCCUGCGCCAGGUGUCCAAGCUGGCCUACACACUCAAGGAGAUGGGCGUGAGAAAAGGCGACACAGUGGCCCUCUACCUGCCCAUGAUUCCCGAGGCCGUCAUCGCAUUCUUGGCCUGCUCCCGCAUUGGCGCUGUCCACUCUGUUGUCUUUGCAGGCUUCUCGUCUGACUCCCUACGCGACCGUAUCAUUGACGCAGAGUCCAAGGUCGUCAUCACCACCGACGAGGGCAAGCGCGGUGGCAAGACCAUCAGCACCAAGAAGAUUGUUGACGAGGCGCUCAAACAGUGCCCCGAUGUCAGCCACUGCCUGGUCUACAAGCGCACUGGCACAGAGAUCCCCUGGACCAAGGGCCGCGACUGGUGGUGGCACGAGGAGGUGGACAAGUACCCCAACUACAUUGCACCCGAGCCCAUGAACUCGGAAGAUCCGCUCUUCUUGCUGUACACGUCUGGGUCGACAGGCAAGCCCAAGGGCGUAAUGCACACAACCGGUGGCUACCUCAUUGGGGCAGCAGCGACCGGCAAGUAUGUGUUUGACAUCCACGACAACGACGUCUUCUUCUGCGGUGGCGAUGUAGGCUGGAUUACAGGCCACACGUACGUCGUGUACGCACCUCUGCUCCUCGGUGUCGCGACGGUCGUUUUUGAGGGCACGCCCGCAUAUCCAAACUUCUCGCGCUACUGGGACAUUGUCGACAAGUACAACGUCAGCCAGUUUUAUGUUGCUCCCACUGCGCUACGAUUGCUCAAGCGCGCGGGUGACCAGCACGUCAAGCACAAGAUGAAGAACCUCAGAAUUCUUGGAUCCGUCGGCGAGCCAAUUGCUGCUGAGGUCUGGAAAUGGUACUUUGAGAUUGUUGGCAAAGAAGAGGCACACGUUGUCGACACUUACUGGCAAACCGAGACGGGCUCCCAUGUCAUUACCCCUCUCGGUGGGGUUACGCCCACGAAGCCCGGAUCAGCCUCCCUCCCGUUCUUCGGUAUCGAGCCCGCCAUCAUAGACCCCGUGUCUGGCGAGGAGAUUCACGGCAACGAUGUCGAGGGUGUGCUAGCCUUCAAGCAGCCGUGGCCUAGCAUGGCUCGCACAGUCUGGGGAGCACACAAGCGAUACAUGGAGACAUACCUGAACGUGUACAAGGGCUACUACUUCACUGGCGAUGGUGCUGGACGUGACCACGAGGGCUACUACUGGAUCCGAGGGCGCGUGGAUGACGUGGUGAACGUCUCUGGACACAGACUGUCCACUGCUGAGAUUGAAGCAGCGCUCAUCGAGCACCACCAGGUUGCCGAAGCCGCAGUCGUCGGUAUUAGCGACGAGCUCACGGGCCAAGCGGUCAACGCUUUCGUAGCGCUGAAAGAGGGCAACGAGACGAGCGACCAGGUAAAGAAAGAUUUGAUCCUGCAAGUGCGCAAGUCAAUUGGGCCAUUUGCUGCACCCAAGGCCAUUUUCGUAGUUCCAGAUUUGCCCAAGACGCGGUCCGGAAAGAUCAUGCGUCGCAUCUUGCGUAAGAUCUUGGCGGGAGAAGAAGACCAACUGGGCGACAUCACAACGGUAAGCCAUACUUUUCACAUAGUCGGCCCUGCUUCGGGGUGUUGACGAUGACGCGUUCGUGGUGGGGUAGUCCGGGCUAACGGCAUCUUGCAGCUUUCGGAUC